AUGGAUACGAAGGUGGUAGACGUGGAUGACUCCGAACACAAUGUGGAUGUGGAGGAAUUGGGUGCUGCUGAGAUAGUGGACGCGCUGAGUUCGACUGCGACGGCGCAUGAUGAGUUCACGACCACUAGGAAGGAAUUAUGGAGUUUCUAUCUGUACUAUGUUUUGGUACUCAUGGUGUUUUCCUGCAUAGGCCUUUCUGGAUUCAACUUCGGCCCCUCACAGUUCCAAAAUCUGCUCUACCUCGCGGGUUACGAUCCAUCACAAGCUCCUUUCACAACGCCGUGCGGAGAUGGAGACUGCGUUCUCCCUUAUCUGGGAAAGACACGAGAUGUAAACUCGGUUGUGCUGCUUACGAAUGGCAUAAGUUUUGCCAUUCAGGCCGUACUGUUAUUGUCAAUCGGCGCAUGGGCGGACUAUGGACGAUGGAGGCCAAAUAUCACGAUCUUCUUCACUUUCAUAGCCGUCGGUGUCUCAUUCGCCUGGCUGGGUGUCGAAGAAGCCACCAAGUGGCGCGCAGGUGUGGCGCUGUAUAUUCUUGGUCUGAUUACAUAUCAGAUGGCCCUCACUUUCUGGACAGCCGCCUUCCCUGGUCUGGUCCGCAAUCUUCCUGAGAUCAAAGCGUCUGCGCAGGAGGCGAAGAUUGGAGCGAAGUCAGUGGAUGGGCACGCUGACUACGAGUCUAUGGCCCGCAAUCGAGUCUCCAAUAUCUCUUUUACGGUAUGCUCUGCAGGGGAGAUCAUCAUACUCGCCGUCAUGGUCGGUAUAAUCAAGGGUCUCAAGGCCGAUCAGAGUACGGAGAACAACACGAAAGCGUUCAGCGUCCUUAUCGCAUUCUCUGGCGCUGUGUGGCUUCUGUGUGCGAUCCCGUGGUUCAUCUGGGAAAAGAGACGACCGGGGCUUGCGUUGCCGCCCCAUACAUCCCUCUUGACAAUCGGCUUCAAGCAGACCUACAUCGCUUUGAGAGAGUGCAUGAGGCUCAAACAGACAUUUCUGUAUCUGAUAUUUUAUUUCCUGAUGGGUGAUGUCUUGAAUACCACUGUAACGGUCAUUGGAACCCUACAGAACAGUAUCGUGUCGUAUUCUACACUUCAGCUCACACUUCUAUUACUUGUCGGGAUCGUCACGCAAGGACUAGGUAUAUAUGCAUUCUGGCUCGUACAGAAGAAAUAUCAGAUACCAACAAAAACAAUGCUGCUGUUCAAUGUAUUUUGGAUUCUUAUUUUGACCAUCUGGGGCCUCAUCGGAGUACACACCGACAAAUUUGGAUUCAAACACGUCUGGGAGAUCUGGUUAUACCAAGUCUUCUACGGAUUUAUGGUCUGUCCGUGGUACGCCUACAGCCAAACCAUGAUAAGCGAGGUCUCGCCGCUACCACAGAUGUUUCUCUUCUUUGCACUCUUUUCUGUGGUUGGAAAGACAUCGGCGUUCAUAGGCCCCUUCGUCAGCUCUGCGAUCAUCACCGCCUCGGGGAACAAUAAUAACAUGCCCUUCGCGUUUUUGUUUGGCUUGGGAGCAUUCAGUACAAUCUUCCUCUUCAUGGUUGAUCUGAAGAAGAGUAGAGCCGAGUGCGAAGAGUUCAUCGCAGCGGAGGCAAAGAGGAAGGCUUUUGCAGCGGAGUCUUGA